AUGACGCCAAAGGGCUCAGAGGAGGAUCAGAGGGAUGGAGAAGGUGAAGGACUUCAUCAGCAACUGACAGAUAGAGUUAAAAAUGAAGACUUGAAAGAAAACAUCAGGAAUCAAGACAGACUAAACACAAAGAAAGAUGGCUGCACGGUUGAGAAGAGAGAUGGAAGAAAGCAGAUUGUCCAUUUUCCAAAGCACAAGCUAAGGAAGGCAAGUAAAUCCAUUAUGUGGGGAAAGUACUUCAGAAAUAGAUCGCAGCUCCUUGUGCACCAAACAGCCCACAGAAGGGAGAAAGCUUUUGAAUGCUCAAAGUGUGGAAUGAAAUUCGGUCAGAGUGGCAAUCUUCAACAGCAUCAGAGAAUCCACACAAGGGAGAAACCUUUUCAAUGCUUAGAGUGUGGAAGGAAAUUCACUGCAAAUGGUGACCUUAAACGGCAUAAAAGAACGCACACGGGGGAAAAACCUUUUGAAUGCUCAGAGUGUGGAAAGAAAUUCCGUCGGAGUGGCCAUCUUCAAGUGCAUCGAACAACCCACACAGGGGAGAAACCUUUUGAAUGCUCAGAGUGUGGAAAGAGAUUCAGUCACAGUAGCAGUCUUCAACAGCACCAAAGAACCCACACAGGGGAAAAACCUUUUGAAUGCUCAGAGUGUGGAAAGAGAUUCAAUACGAAUGGAAGUCUUCGGCAGCAUCAAAGAACCCACACAGGGGAGAAACCUUUUGAAUGCUCAGAGUGUGGAAGGAAAUUCAUUGCAAAUGAUGAUCUUAAACGACAUAAAAGAACACAUACAGGGGAGAAACCUUUUCAGUGCUCAGAUUGUGGAAGGAAAUUUAAUGCAAAUGGUGAUCUUAAACGGCAUAAAAGAACACACACAGGGGAGAAGCCUUUUGAAUGCUCAGAGUGUGGAAAGAAAUUUAGUCGGAGUGGCCAUCUUCAACUGCAUGAAAGAACCCACACGGGAGAGAAACCUUUUGAAUGCUCAGAGUGUGGAAAGAGAUUCAGUACGAGUUCCAACCUUCAACAGCACCAAAGAACUCACACAGGGGAAAAGCCUUUUGAAUGCUCAGAGUGUGAAAAGAGAUUCAGUAUGAAUGGAAGUCUUCAGGAGCAUCAAAGAAUCCACACAGGGGAGAAACCUUUUGGAUGCUCAGCGUGUGGAAAGAGAUUCAGUACGAGUAGAAGUCUUCAGCAGCAUCAAAGAACUCACACAGGGGAGAAACCUUUUGAAUGCUCUGAGUGUGGGCAGAGGUUCAGUUGCAGUAGCCAUCUUCUGCUGCAUCAAAAAACUCACACAGAGGAAAAACCGUUUGAAUGCUCAGAGUGUGGUAAGAGAUUCAAGUUCAGUGGCAAUCUUCAAAGGCAUCAAAGAACCCACACAGGAGAGAAACCUUUUGAAUGCUCAGAGUGUGGAAAGAGAUUUUGUCAGAGUAGCAAUCUUCAAGGGCAUCAAAGAACUCACACAGGGGAGAAACCUUUUGAAUGCUCAAAGUGUGGAAGGAAAUUCAGUACAAAUGGUAGUCUUCAACGGCACCAAAGAACCCACGUGUGGGAGAAAUCUUUUGAAUGCUCAGAGUGUGGAAGAAAAUUCAGUCGGCGUGGCCAUCUUCAACUGCAUGAAAGAACCCACACAGGGGAGAAACCUUUUGAAUGCUCAGAGUGUGGAAAGAGAUUCAGUCUGAGUUCCAAUCUUGUAAUGCACCAAAGAACCCACACCAGGCAGAAACCUUUUGAAUGCUCAGAGUGCGGAAAGAAAUUCAGUCAGAGUGGCCUUUUUCUACAGCAUCAAAGAACCCACACAGGAGAAAAACCUUUUGAAUGUUCAGAGUGUGGAAAGAGAUUCAGUCAGAGUUACAAUCUUCAACGACCUAAGACCACAGAAGGAGGAAAUAUUUUGAGUGCCCAGUGUUGUGGAAAGAGGCUAACAGUAGCAGUCUUCAGCAGUCUUCAGCAGCAUCAAAGAAUCCACACAGAGGAAAAAUCUUUUGUAUGCUCAGAGUGUAGAGUUUGA